GACACUGCGUUGUUGUGAGUAUGCAUGUUAAUAUUGCAUCAUCCUUUAUGUGUGCUGUGAUUGGUUGUCUGCAUUUUGUAGCUUUGAGAAGAGUCGUUAAUGCGGGGCGACAGCGUGUCGCCGCUGUCGCCGAGUGUGGUUCGAUGGCUCAGGCGUAGACAGUGAGACGAUCGAGAGGGCAGUGUGCUCUAGAAUUCGCCUGUGAAAGCAUCGGAACGCGCUUCGCUGAAAUGGACAAUCAAGCUUCGGCAGAUCAAACUUCGACAUCAGAAGUGGAAUUCGGCCCUGAACAAUCUACUGCAAAGGAUGUCUUCGCGUUGCUAGAGCAGCAAAACAGAAAUUUUUUGGCAUUGCUUAAGGGGCUACAGACGCCGGCGAGCGAGGUGCAACCUAGUAGCGAGAUCUGCUUGCCAAAAUACAAUCCGGACAUUGCAGGUGUGGAUGCCACGCAGUGGGCCGCUACUGUCGAUAUAAUCUUAUAAACAAAACCGUUGAGUGACAGCGCGCUAAUAUUAGUGUUGUGUAAAGCCUUGGAAGGCUCAGCGGCCCAGUGGUUAUCACAAAUUUGUUACCCAGGAAUAACCUGGUCACAGUUCCGGCAAUUAUUUGAGCAGCGUUACGAAACAUCGGAGACGCCAGCCGCUGUCAUUUCGAAUCUACUUAGCAGCCGUCCAAGCAAUGGUGAAAGCUUGCCCGUUUAUGCGAGUCGCUGCGUGACGUCACUAUGUACAAAACUCCGAAAUUUGAGUUUAGAACAAAUUGCCAUCGCGUUGGUUCUGGGACACAUGGGUAAUUUCGACCGACGUUUGCAGCGGACGCUACAUACAACGCAUAUAACUAG